ACUCGGUGUCACGACGGGAGGAGACUCAGGCCGCGCUCGCGCCUCGCCCCUCCCCCCUCGUCGUGGCGCUUUGAACCCCCUUCGCAGCACCCCCAGCUGCGGGGCGGUUAGACCAGACUCGCACCAAACUUUUCCGCCCUGGGCUUGGGAUCCAGGACUCUGAGGACUGACUCCCCGCCCGCCCCUUUCCCGGGUUCCAUCUCCAGCCUCUGGAUUAGGAGCUAGCGGCCCCCCUCCCUGAGUCCCUCCCUCUCUUUCCUGCCUUUUUGGGGAGGAGCUCUUCACGCUCUGGAGAGUUCCCGAGGGUCACCCGCCGCGCCGAGCUCGCUUUUCCGUUUCGGCUUCACCUGGAUAUAAUUUCCGAGCGAAGCUGCCCCCAGGAUGACCACGCUGGCCGGCGCUGUGCCCAGGAUGAUGCGGCCGGGCCCGGGGCAGAACUACCCACGCAGCGGGUUCCCGCUGGAAGUAUCCACUCCGCUCGGCCAGGGCCGCGUCAACCAGCUCGGCGGAGUAUUUAUCAACGGCAGGCCGCUGCCCAAUCACAUCCGCCACAAGAUAGUGGAGAUGGCCCACCAUGGCAUUCGGCCCUGCGUCAUCUCCCGCCAGCUGCGCGUGUCCCACGGCUGCGUCUCCAAGAUCCUGUGCAGGUACCAGGAGACGGGCUCCAUCCGUCCCGGUGCCAUCGGUGGCAGCAAGCCCAAGGUGACAACGCCUGACGUGGAGAAGAAAAUUGAGGAAUACAAAAGAGAGAACCCGGGCAUGUUCAGCUGGGAAAUCCGAGACAAGUUACUCAAGGACGCGGUCUGUGAUCGAAACACUGUGCCCUCAGUGAGUUCCAUCAGCCGCAUCCUGAGGAGUAAAUUCGGGAAGGGCGAAGAGGAGGAGGCCGAUUUGGAGAGGAAGGAGGCAGAGGAAAGCGAGAAAAAGGCUAAACACAGCAUCGAUGGCAUCCUGAGCGAGCGAGCCUCAGCACCCCAGUCAGAUGAAGGCUCUGACAUUGACUCGGAACCAGAUUUACCACUGAAGAGGAAACAGCGCAGGAGUCGAACCACCUUCACAGCCGAGCAGCUGGAAGAACUGGAGCGAGCUUUUGAGAGAACUCACUACCCUGACAUCUACACGAGGGAGGAGCUGGCCCAGAGGGCGAAGCUCACUGAGGCCCGAGUGCAGGUCUGGUUUAGCAACCGCCGUGCAAGAUGGAGGAAGCAAGCUGGGGCCAAUCAACUGAUGGCUUUCAACCAUCUCAUUCCGGGGGGAUUCCCUCCCACUGCCAUGCCGACCCUGCCAACAUACCAGCUGUCGGAGACCUCUUACCAGCCCACAUCAAUUCCACAAGCUGUGUCGGAUCCCAGCAGCACCGUUCACAGACCUCAACCGCUUCCUCCGAGCACCGUCCACCAAAGCACGAUUCCUUCAAACCCAGACAGCAGCUCUGCCUACUGCCUCCCCAGCACCCGGCAUGGAUUUUCCAGCUAUACAGACAGCUUUGUGCCCCCUUCGGGGCCCUCCAACCCCAUGAACCCCACCAUUGGCAAUGGCCUUUCACCUCAGGUAAUGGGACUCCUGACCAACCACGGUGGGGUACCUCAUCAGCCUCAGACUGAUUAUGCACUCUCCCCUCUGACUGGGGGCCUGGAACCUACCACCACCGUGUCGGCCAGCUGCAGUCAGAGACUAGACCAUAUGAAGAGCUUGGAUAGCCUGCCUACAUCUCAGUCCUAUUGUCCACCCACCUAUAGCACCACAGGCUACAGUAUGGACCCAGUCACAGGCUACCAAUACGGGCAGUAUGGACAAAGUGCCUUUCAUUAUCUUAAGCCAGAUAUUGCAUAAGUGAACUGUCCACUUGGAGCUCAAACUGGCCCUGUUUCCGGUCUCCGUAGCCUAGACAUGAAGAGUCUUCUGCGAAAAAUAAAGAUCACCUCUUGGGGGAGGUGGAGACAAAGGAAAAUGAUUGAUUUGCUUUCUCCAGUAGUUGGUUUCAGAUUCUUUUGAACAUGUUGGACACAAGCAGUGGAGAAGAGGAAGAAGUAGAGCAGUGGAAGACAGAUGGCGUGUAUUAAGGCAAAGGCUUAACCUGGCUACAUAUCAAAAUAUCUCAACUCUUUACUGCUGAUGAUCAAGGAGCUAAAGCAUUCCAUUUGUGUGUGUAUGUGUGUGUCUCUGAGGUUUAUCUGGACUGUUUGAGAGAAGAAUGUUCUGAAAUAUAGUUGAAUACCCUAAAGCAUAACAUGUUGGAUGUCUAAGGCUGACACUUGUAUAACUUUAAAACUGCUCACGUGAUGAAUCAGCAAUGGAGGAAUCCUUGACCUGUACACACUGGAAACUGAUAUAAAACUAAAUGCCAUCAUUCUUUAGGAAGCUAGACUAGAUAAAAGGACCUCCCAAAUAAAUUAUUCGUUAUCAUAUCCUCAUUUGUAAUCUGGUUGUCAAUAAACGUCCUGGAUAUGUCUUGCCAACAGGAUGUGGAGUUACAGGAAGAAAAGCUGUUUUCUUUUCUGAUGUGGGGAGAGGUGACAUUUCUUCCCAAUCCACAUGUCAUUUGUGAGCCAUCCUGGGUGGGGGAAGGGCAUGGGAGUGAAGAGGUGACACGCAUCAUGUAUCUGCUUCUCAGUGUGCAAUACUGUGUACCUCACAGAUGCUUUGGCCAUGGCCAAGGUGAUAGAAACAAAAUCAGAACUAUAUUUUUGCAGGUGCUUUAUUUUUUUGCAGCCCGUAAUUCGUGUGGCAGAAUGCCGUGAUGUUUGCUAUUUGCUGGGUCACCAACACCUGGCUUGCUCCUUUUGACUAGACUGUCAGAGAAUAAUAAUGCUUUUCAAAAUGAUUACGUUUACAUUCUUCUUUUUUCUAGGGAAGGUAGGGCAAGAACUGAAAUGUCCAUGUGGCUCUCAUGUACUUUUAAAUUAUACAAUGAUAUCCAAUAUUAAAAAAUUAUAGGAACUGAGGUUUACAUACGUUUGUGUGGUGACAUUUUAGAAUGUCAAUAAAUCUGUUGUUUUGAAAUGCUAAGAGGAUCAAGAAGGUGGAAGGCAGUGUUAUUUAUUUCUUUCUAUUCUUGGAACCAUGAAUGAGGUAGGCACAAAUGCAUUCCUUUUAGAUUAAGAACUAGGAGGUAGUGGUUAGUGGGGCUAGGUGUAGUACUGAGGUACAUAGAACAAGAGAAGUAGUACCUUUGUGUGGCAGCCUCAGCCAACAACAACGUGUUGUAAAAAUGUCUUUCCUGUAAAAAGUGCAGUAAAUAUUUACUAUUUAUAAUGAAUAAACAGUUAUGAAAAC